UCCCCACUCAAACCCACUGCUCUCACAGUCCUCAAAUCACAUCAAACGCAGUCGUUUUAGAGCUUUUAUCUUCUACUACAAUCAUGCAGGCCAAGGAGGAAGAUGUGAGUGUGGGAGCCAACAAGUUCCCGGAGAGGCAGCCGAUCGGUAUCGCCGCUCAAACCCAUGACGAGGGCAAGGACUACAAGGAGCCACCGCCUGCGCCGCUCUUCGAGCCCGGCGAGCUGACGUCAUGGUCGUUUUACAGGGCCGGGAUCGCCGAGUUCGUCGCCACGUUUCUGUUUCUCUACAUCACCAUCUUGACGGUGAUGGGCGUCUUGAAAGGUGAAACCAAGUGCAAAACCGUAGGUAUUCAAGGCAUCGCUUGGGCUUUUGGUGGUAUGAUCUUCGCCUUGGUUUACUGCACCGCCGGAAUCUCAGGGGGUCACAUAAACCCGGCUGUGACUUUUGGGCUUUUCUUGGCCCGGAAGCUGUCCUUGACAAGGGCGGUGUUCUACAUCAUCAUGCAGUGCCUUGGGGCUAUAGCCGGAGCCGCUGUGGUGAAAGCUUUUACGAACAAGGGUCAUUUCUUCGAGAUCAACAACGGUGGCGCCAACUUUGUAGCCCAUGGCUACACCAAGGGCAGUGGUCUUGGUGCUGAAAUUAUUGGCACCUUUGUCCUUGUCUACACCGUCUUCUCUGCCACUGACGCCAAGCGUAGCGCCAGAGACUCUCAUGUUCCGAUUUUGGCCCCGUUGCCAAUUGGGUUCGCCGUGUUCUUGGUGCACUUGGCUACCAUCCCCAUUACCGGAACCGGUAUUAACCCAGCUAGGAGUCUUGGUGCAGCCAUCAUCUUCAACAAGGACAGAGCCUGGGAUGACCAAUGGAUUUUCUGGGUUGGACCAUUCAUUGGGGCAGCACUUGCAGCUUUAUACCAUGUGGUUGUGAUCAGAGCCAUUCCUUUCAAAUCCAAGUAAAUGCGAAAGUAGUGAAUGAGGGUUUCAACAAUCAACAGCUUUGUACCUGUGGCCUUUGAACAUGUCAAGCUCAAAUGAAGCUCAGGCCGAUCGUGCUUGUUUGUUUUUCUAUCUGUAUGGAUUUUUUUUUUUCCUUAAAGUUUAUUCAGCAAGAAUUGUAAUAUUUGGUUCUUCUUCAAGAUCAAGGCCCUCUUUUUCACUUUCUUUUUUAGGCGAAGGGGCCUGGCUUUAUGCGAGUGAUCAUUGUAUGUAUUGGCUGUGAAUUUGUGUAAUGUCAAUUCAGAAAUAAUUAACACCCACCAUUUUCCAAUA